UCUGGUGGGGGGGGCCAUUAACGAUCCCUCGGGUGCAGGCUCCGAGGACCCAGCUGCAGCGUAGGACGCCGGCGGUGUGGGGGCGUGGCCUGAGCGAAGCCUGCGGGGCGGGGCUAGCGCUGGUCUCUGCCCUUCCCUCCAUCCCGCCUCUCUCUGGUGUCGUUAGUAGUCAGCUUCCGCUGCCGAGGUCCCUUCCAGGGUCAGCCCGACCUGGGAGAAGGACUGGAGGAAGAGUACAGCGCAGGUCAAGGCAGAUCCAGGAGGGCGGCGCAGGAGGGCAGGAAACUGCCCGCAAUCUGUUUUGGAGGGAGGGGGAGGGAGGCCCCGAGUGUCCUUCGUUGGACCGGAGGGUGGAGGGCAGGAGGGCUGAGAAGCAGAGGACAGUGAGCCUAGGCUCUGUGUGGGUAGGAGCUGAGCUGCCUCCACUCAACUUUGGCAAGAGGUGGGAGGGGGUGACCGCGUCUGGGUCCUUGGCAAUGGUGGACCAGCUUUGGGUCCUGACAGUGGGGUACUGAGUCUUGGGGUCACCCAGUACGCCAGAUGGCAGGACUUCUGCUAAAGGCUGUGUGAUGCACUCUGGUGUUUAAGGUGUGUGUCGAAAGCAGGAGGAGAGGGAACAGAGUUCCAGGUGGAGGCACAAUGAGUGCAAAGGCCCUGGGGUGGGAGCGAGAGUUGGAGGCCGAGCCAGGAUGCUGGGUGUUUGGAGCAGAGUGAGGAGGGGAAGAGUGAAUUGGAUCUGAAUGAGGUCAUUCAGGAACCAGAGCCAGAUCACAGGGCAGGACCGGCAAACAGGUAUCUGUGGCAACUAUUCAACUCUGACAUAAACAGGUGUGCGGAGUCUGGGCAGCUCUAGAGUUUUCUCUGAGCCUCCAGAAGGAGAAACUGGAGCUGCCAUUAAUGGGGGGGCACCCAGCUGGGAGCGAGCUGGUUUUCGAGGCUUGCAGGAGUUCAUGCCCAUGUGCACUGGGCACCAUGUGGUGUGGAGGAGGCGCUGCGUCUGCCCUGGGUUGGUCUGCAGUCAGUGGAGAGGUCUGGCAUUGGAGGGGCAGCAUCAGGACUGUCUGGGGACCAGGCCUGGAGUCUUGGGGGACCCCUGGGGAUGGCCAUGUCGCCAGUGCUGCCCUCCCCCAGACCCCACCAGAGAACUGCAGGGCCUGGAGUGGGUGUCCGGAGGCGCAGUGCAAAGUGGGGCAGAGAGGUCGGCUGCUGGGGUGCUGCCAAAGGCGGCAGGUGCCCAGCGCUCUGUCCUCUCCCUGUUUGAUUGUUAUUUCUGUUUUUCAGAAUUGGAGAGGGAACCCAGGGCCCUGUGCAUUCCAGGCAAGCUCUUAGCACUGAGCCACAUGCCCGCCCAACCCUGCUGAUUGACCGGGUCCGACUACCCAGGACACAGCUGUCCCGAAGCCCAUGGAGCCGAGACCUGUGACCAGCCACAAAGAGAAUGUGCCCCUGAGACCUGCGGCCGCCCUGAGGCCAGAGCAACGGAAAUUCCUGAGAACCCUGGGUGUCAGCCUGGGCAGUGGCCAUGGCCCGUGGGUUCCUGUGUGCCAGGCUGCAAGGGGAGGACCUGCAGCCACCUGCUCCCCAAGGGCUACACUGUACCAGGAGCCCCGCCAGGUCCAGACCAACCUCGUCAGCCCUCAUCCCGUGCCAGCCCUACAGGACAUGCUGGGCCGGCUGGUGAAUUCCAACUUCCUGCAACAAAGCAACCUGCAGCCCCGUACCCCGAGGACCCCAGAAAAGGUUCCUGCGGCCCAGCAGUGUAACCUGCGCCUGAGCAUGGCUACCAGCCCUCUGCACCAGGACAGCCUCGGGGUGCUGGCCCCCCGCCUGUUGCAAACACCCCCAGCUGCAGAGCCCCACUGCCCAGACCCCAGGCCCACUGCAGGCGUUGCACCUCUGUGUGGGCGCACAUGGCCAGGCCCCCGAUUCUGGGGUGGCCUUGGGGGCCGGACCUCUAAGCUCACAGGGGAGCCCCUCACCCUGGAGGACCUGGCUAUCCCUGCCCUGAGGCAGGCUUGGCACCCGUCCCACGCCCCCAUCCACCAGCCCCUGGCCUCUGUGCAGUACCUGGAGCACCAGGCAGCCCGUCUCAGGGGCCAGGUGCCCCGGGAGCCCCCAAGCCCUGCACAACGGGACCCCUGCCCAGGCAGUGGCCAAGGCCUUCCUGCCCACCCCCAGUCCAGCCGGCCCCUUCUUGCUUCCUGGGAUGAGAGGAGGAGACACCCCCGAGGCCACAGGGAAACCACAGAUCUCUUGGUGGCUCAGGGGCCCCACACUGAUCGCUCCGACUCUCGGGCACCCAGCAAGCCAGCAUCACCCAAGACUACUUUGGGGCUGCGGACUGGGCACUACCAUGACUCCGAGCAGGCGACCCUUCCUGCCCAGCCUCUCAGGCCAGGAGAUGAGGGGGCCCCAGGGCCUACACAUGGCAGUGGGGACAGGGGGCACCCUGCUGGCUCUCUGGGCUUCUCUAGCGCAGCCACAGCGGGGAGCGUCCUACCUGGGCGGGAAGGAGACGUGCACAUCCCGAGGGAGCUGGGAAGGAGGAAAGCUUCCUGGUCUCUGGAUGUCGAUGUCUUCCUGGCGAGGAGGGCUGUCCUCCAGAAUAAGGCCCAAGACUGUGUGGCCCCAGAAGGGCACCCUGCAGCCCGGUGGGAAGCGUGGGUCUGCCCUGACCAGCCCUGCUCCGUCCCCAGCCGGCAGCUGCUGUCCAGAUGUUUCCGAUCCUGGAGACGCAUGGCACACAGGGUUCUGAGCCACAGGCAGCUGCUGCGAGAGGGCUUCCGGGCACUGCAGUGGACCCUGUGGCUCCAGGAGGCCCGGCUGGAGGUGGCAUGGAGGCGACAUUCAAAGGCCCUGCUGGCCCAGACCUUCCGAGAGUGGAGACUCCUGGUGCAGCGGGAGAAACAAGGGCAGCACCUAGUCCAGGCUGCGUCUGGACCCUGCACUUCCUGGGGCGCCAGGGACCAAGUCACCUGCUGGGGAAGAGAGGCAGUGGGGCGCCCCACCCCGAGCAGCAGGGCAGGGAGCCUGAGGGAGGAGAAGGGAGCCCGGCCUCCCCCAUCGCAGCCUGGGCGGAGCCUGCAUGGCUUACAAGGUGGAGACAGCAGAGACAGAAGUGUCCAGACCCUGCAGGUCCUGCAGCAGCUGGCAGGCUUCCUCCUGCAUUGCCAGAAGGAGGACCUGGCCAGGAAGGAGACGCGGCCCCUCGGGGAGGUCACUCAGAGGACACAAAAGACAGCCGUGCCCCCCGCAGCCUGCAAGUCCCACAGAGACUGGGUGCACAGGUGCUUCUGGGCCUGGCAGCGGGUCGCACAAAGAGGGGCCCAGUGCCAGGGCCGCCUGGCCGAGCACUGUGUGAGGACCCUGAGGAGGUGCCUGGGACGGUGGGUACAGAUGAAGCAGCUCAGAGCCUCAGACCAGGCGGCGGUGACCCAGCUGUCCCUCUGCCGGCAGGAGGCGGGUGAGUGGUGGGUAGGGGGUUCCCUUUCUCUCUCAGCCCACAAGCCCUGCCCCAUAACAGCCCUCUGCAGCUGGCCCAGAGGAAGCUUUGGUGGCACUGGGGGCCUUUGGGGUGGGGGCAUCCCAGAGGGACCCUGGGGUGUGGGGUACUCCCACUGCCGGGGAAGAUGGGCAUGUGAGAGGGCACGGUGUCCAAGGGGGCCCCAGAGGCAGAGGGAGGCGCAGGUUUUCAGCUGGCUCAUCUCUUGCAUCUCAGGGGCCCUGGCCCUCUGGAGCUCAGCCCACGGCGUGGAGAUGGUAGCCAGGGCGUCCCUGCAGGGGGCCUGCCAUACACUGGCCCUCCACCGGGCCCUGCUGCUCCAGGGCAUGCGGCUGUCCCAGCACCAGCGGGCCAAGAAUUUGAUCCACGAGAAGCUUCAGGAUGUCUCCCUCCCUCCUGCAGACCCUCCACUGCUCUCCCUGCAACACACCGGAACCGCCCUUCCGGGGGCCAGGCUUCGGGUCUGUGGGCAUCUCGCCUCCACUCACCUCCUCCGCAGCUCCUUCCAGGGCACGAGGGAGCAGUGCUUCCUGAGCUGCUGGCGCCUGAGGAUGUGGGGUUCAGAUACCCCAUCAGCCAGCGGUGCGGCCACCUGGGCUGCGGAGCCACUGGGCAGCAUCCCAGGAGGGUCAGCCUGGCUGGGCUCGAUGGAGAAGGAUGCUGGAGCUCCCGAGCUCUUGGACACUCUCCUGGCGAGCCACCUGUGGGCUGCUGGGUGGCAGCAGCAGGAUCAGUGCCAUCUGCCCUGGCAGGCUCAGGGUGCAGCCGGGCAGUGCUGCAGCCUCCAGAGGCGGUACAGUACCCCCCCGGGUCUGAUCCAGGGGCUCCCCUCUCUCAUCCAGGCUGCUCCUGCAGAGAGGGGUCUGGAGAAAUCGAGGCACAGGCUAAGGGGGAUGAUAGGAAGGACCUGCUGGUGGCUGAGCACAGGACUCGGCAGUGGGACUUGGGGGCCCCUCCAGCCCCAGCACUGCCCCCUUGAUGGUAAUAGGGAGCAGAGUCCUAGGGCCCUCCCUGCUGCUGGGGGUAGGGCGAGGCAGGCUGGACUGGCCUGCGGCAGCAGUGACUGUCCUCAGGGUGACACCCCGCUUCCCAGCAUCCUCCUCACCUGGAGCCACUGGACGGCAGCCCAAGGGGCCUGGAGAGAGCUGGCCACCCACCAGGCCUGGGACCAGAGGUGUAGGGCUGCCCUGGGCCUGUGGCGACGGCGGCUGGCACAACUGCAGAAGGUGGAGCGGUGGGCACAGGAGCGAGGCCAGGGCCAGGCACGGGAUGCUCUGCACCACUGGCACACCUGCUGGCAGAGACAGCAGCUUCUGUGUGAGAAGUACCAGAGGCGGGUACACGGCCACCUCCAGGGCCUGUGGAGGGCUGCGUUCAGGGGCUGGCAGCAGGAGGUGGCUCGGCGGAGACGCAUUCGCAGGUGGGUGGGCCGGGGGUUUGGAGAGAGUACCCCUGCUGGCCAGGGAAGCUCUGAGCCUUCUGAGGACAGUGAAGACAUUGGAAAUGGAUUCCUCAGACAUCCACACCACACGGCUGUGGGCAGCUGGCUCUCUCCCCUGCUGCUCUUCUUCAGCCACUUCCAGGCCUGGUGGGAGCUUGUAGACACGGGGCUGCCUGGGGCCCAGAGUCCAGCCUUCCGGGAUGCCCUGAGAAGAGCCACCUGGCCAGAGGCCCCAGAGGUGACAGCCAGGCCACAGGAGCAGUGUGUGGUCCGGCCCUGUGUCCUGCGCUGGAGAAGCCAUGUGCAGCAAGGCCAGGCAGACAGACAGCUGAGGAGGGCCCAGGCCCAGCAGGCCUUUGAAGUGUGGGCCCUAGCGGCCUGGGCCCAGUCAGUGGCCCAAGACUAUGUCCAACAAGCAGCCAUCACCCAGCUCCAGCAGGCUGAGCUAAGGCACCUUCUGCGGACCAACUGGGCCCAGUGGCAGGCAGCACUGCUCAGAGUGCGGCUGAACCUACAGACCCAGGCCCAGGCCACCGACCUUAGACACUGGCCCAGACUGGCCGGUAGAGGGCGCCUCCUGCUGACCGAUGCUCCGGCCCCUCGGAGGCAGGUGAAGUGGGGCCCAGGUGGGCUAGGGAGGUCUGCACAUGUCAGGCCAUCGACUGACUGCAUCAGCUUAUUGCAACGCAUGGCGCAAGCGGAUGGGCACUUCUCCAGGACCCCACCCCUACCUGGGACUGUCCCCUCGGGCCUGUCCUCCAGCUAUGGCUGCAGUGGCCUGGUCGCACUCCGGCAGUGGCACCUGGGACAGGCCUGGAGGUGGUGGCGACGGCAAGUACUGCAGCUGCGAGUGGCCAGGCAGAUACAGCAGCGAGAAGACAGCUGGGUCCUUUCCCAGGCCUUUGAGAGGUGGCACCAGCACCUGGCAGCCAGAAGCCCAAGGACAGGAGCCCCCAGCAGCCGAGGCCCUGGGCAGGCGGGACACCAGGGAUCCCGGGAGCAGGGACCAAGCCCCGUGGAGGGCAUGGGGCCGGGCAGGCUCCCAGCUGCAGGCCUGACUUGCUCCCGUGGACUACAGAGCAGGACUCAGUGCAGGAGAGGAACGCAUCCACAGAAUACAGCGACAGUGCAAGGAGCCCAAGUACAAUAA